AUGAAGGAAAUAUGUAGUAAAAUUCCCACUAUUUGUGGUAAUCUUAUAAAGCCCAUAAAUCCGGGGUACAAAUUGGAACAUUCAUUUGUGCCGCGGGCGGGAGUUUGCGUGUACGUCAGGGAGGAUAUCUGUUCUCGUCGCCUCGGGACGCUUGAAGGAAGGGACCUAUCUAACCUCUGGCUGCGCGUAGACUGCGAUGACCAUCCGCGAUUCUAUGCGUGCCUGUAUAGGUCCCAUAGCGGAAAUGACGAAACUAACCGACUCAUCGAGCACAUUCAAACGGCUACAGAUUCCCUGCUCGAAAGGGUUCCUACCGCUGAAAUCGUGAUACAUGGCGAUUUUAACGCCCACCAUGCCGAUUGGCUUGGCUCUGAUACUACCGAUCACGCGGGAAGAUCCUUUCACGACUUUGCUUUAGCCUACGACCUGACACAAAUGGUCCCUGCGAUUACGCGAAUACCAGAUGUGGAUGGUCAUAAACCCUCUUUGUUGGAUCUUCUGCUGACUUCACAUCCGGAGAACUAUCAAGUCUCUGUUGACCCGCCAUUGGGUUCAUCAGAUCAUUGUGUGGUCUGGAGUACUGUGCCUUCUACGCGCCCUUCACGGCCCCGCUUUUUGGGUUGUCGCCGUAUUUGGCACUACAAGUCAGCAGAUUGGGACGGGAUGCGGUCUUUCUUUGCGUCCUACCCUUGGGGGCCUAUGUGCUUAUCGUCGGAAGCUCCAGAUUCCGUCGCUGCCUCUGUCACCGAAGUGGUUCUGCAGGGUAUGGAACUCUUUAUUCCAUUUUCUGCGGUGCCGAUCGGUGGCAAGUCUCAGCCCUGGUUUAAACGUUCUUGCAAGGCGGCCUCGUGUCGAAAGCGAGAAUGCUUUAAGGCAUGGGCGGAAGCGGCGAAAUCUCGUGAUGCCAAUACCAGCGAACUUAAAAAAGCAUAUAACUCAGCCUCCAGAUCCUUCAACCGGGAAAUCACUAAGGCAAAGUCAGAGCACAUUGCCGAUCCCUAA